AUGGCUGCCUCUGGACACUUCGGGCUGCUUGGCCUCCCGAGAGAGCUGCGCGACAUAAUCUACGGGUACGCACUCACCGAGCAAGCUGGGCUCAUUCUCACGGAACCCUCUCCCUCUCGUCUCCGUGCAGCAGACAAUCCGCGAGGCCCCGAUCCGAAUCCACUCAAGUUUGUUUGUCGCCAGCUGUACGCCGAGACCAGGGGCCUCGGUUUGAAACAUAACAAGAUAACUUUCCCCGGUCCUUUCAGCUACGAACUAUUCGACAAGUUUACUAAGAAGUACUGUUCGGCUGCGAAUUUUGAGCAAGUUCGACGUGUCGCGAUCUUGCAGACGACAUCUGGCAGACUGCUCAACGAAUUACAGGGGGCAGAUACGAUCAGCCAGAAAUAUCCAGCCCUGUCCGUGGAGUACGCACUCACCGAAGAUCGCGGCCUCCUUAUGAUCGAGACUCACCCGAAGAGCUUCAGAGGCCAUCGACUCUAUGAGCACUGGGUCGAAUCUAACAGGCUCAAAUACGUCUGUCGCCAGCUCUACGACGAAACCAAGGGCCUAGGUCUGAGACUGAACGACAUCGCUGUUCGGUCUGAUCGACAGGUCGAGGACUUCGUUGCGUUUCUCGCUACAUGUUCGGCAGAUCAGCAAAAGUAUAUUCGGCAAGUCACACUGUGUGCUGAUGUGUCGAGUGUCGUGGGAUGGGUGAGCACAUGGGACAAGGCCGUCGAGACAUUGACGCCAUAUGGCGCCUCGCAUCCCGGCAUGAAGUUUCACUUAUAUGUCAGUUCCCUCGGUAAAAUCGAUGACUCUGGUCAUUGGCUCAUGAAGGCUGCCAACAUUCUGUACGCCAGACAUAUGCACGAGAACCAUGCCAUUCUCGAUCCACUCAUGCGCCGGUUGGCCGUCCGCUUCAAUGCUGAUCGGAAAGAUCCAAUUCCCGAUCAUAUCCGGAUAUUUCCUGGUACAGGGCCUGGCGACCUUGUUCAACCUGUCUUCAGUAAGAGAGACGUACAGACAUAUGGUAGAGCACAGAUCCAGCUCUUCAUCAAAGAGAUCGAAAAGUGGCAGCGAGAGGGUAUCUAG